AUGAGCGACGAAAAUUCUCCAGUGACAGCAGAAACAGCUGCGAAAACAGAAACAGCGAAAACCGUUCCUGCUUCUGCAGAGCGAAAUGCUCAAACUACUAAUACACCGCUGAAAACAAUUGAGACUACUAAAGAAGAAGAUCUAGAAGACGAAGAGUACGAGGUUGAGUACGUGUAUGAGGAUGAGGAUGAGGAAAUCAGCGAAGAGGUAAUCGAAGUGGACGAAGAGUCUGACCCAACUGAAAGACAGCAGGAAACACUUCCAUUGGAUGAUGAGGAAGAUGAUGUGGUGGAGGUGUACGACGAGUACGACGAAGAUGAGGAGGCAGUAGACGAUGCCGAGUUUGAUCGAAUUGCAAAUCGAAUCGACGAGCUGCUCAGUAAGACGAGCACUCUGCAAGCGCACACUACGCCCACUCUCUCAGCAGCAGCGCUGUCCAGUGAACCGAUGAGUGAAGAUGAAGAAGAAGAAGAAGGUGACUUGGAGGAGGAAGUAGAGGCAGCUCCAGCAGUUUCAGUAGAAACUACACAACCGACUAUUGCGGAGAAACCUUCAAUACCCGUUGAAACUGAGAAAACUACUGAAACUGUUGUAGAAACAAACAAACAGCCACAACCAGCGGAAACUAUUUCAUCUCCAACUGAAACAUCUCAAAAAGAAAAAGAAGAAGUUGAGGUAGUCGAUGAUAAAGAGUAUGAGGUGGAGUACGUUGAUGAAGAGGAGGAAGAGGAAGAGGUGGUGAAGGAAAUCAUUGAGGAUGAUGAAAAGCCACAAUCUCCCCCAAUUAAAAAGGCAAGUCCACCUAUUGAACGAUCCAGCACGGUGGAGGACAGCAGUAACUCAUCUCUGCCUGGUCAACUGCGACAUGUCAACAACCAGUGGAACAUAUCAGACUUGCAAGAUGAGGAAAUGUUGGAUACAUCAAAAAGUGACAAUGAAGAGCUGAAUCGUGAUGAAACAAUGACACCAGUCGGUGACAAUUUGGAGGCAAUCAAAGAGGAGGAGGACAUUGCAGAAGUACCUGCGAGUACCAGCAAGGAGGCGUUUUUUGAGCAAAGUGAGCCCAGAGAAAUGCCCCGCUCGGUGGUGAAUCGCCUUGGCCACCAGUCACUAAGCGAGGCAAUGGCCGACGAAGAUGAGGUGAAUGAAAUUGAAAUUGCCCUUGAAGACUGGAAGGAGGGCGAUCUGGAGGGAGUUCCUGAAGAGGAGGAGGAUGAAAUAGAAGCGGAGGAAGAGGACGAAAACGAUGAAGUUGACCCGGUGAUGCCUGACAACUUGCUGCUGCAUGCCAAUGACCAGGCACUGCACUGGGCUGCUGCAGAGAAUCACGAAGAGGUGGUUGCCACGCUGCUUGACCACAAUGCUGAUGUUCUUUUGGAAACUCGAGACGGCGUCACUGCCGGCGAGUUGGCGGCUAUUCGGAAGAACAAAUAUAUAGCUGAAGCUUUGCAAGAUUUUGAGCAGUCCGAAUUGAAAAUAUUGGCUGAAACUGCUAUGGAGUCAACUGUUCAAACAGUGGUAAAUCAAAAUGAAACGAAGAGCAAAACAGUAGAACCAGAGAACAAUGAAAAUGUAGCUUCAUCACAAUCAGCAACUGAAAAGACUCCGGAUCAGAAACAAGAAAUAAAACGCAAUUUAAGCGAAGAAGAAAUUGAAUCUCGCAAAGAAGAAGCUAGAGAAAUUGUUAUAAAUGCAAUUGAUGCUGCACUUGCUCGUGAUAUUGGCAAACUGAUGAGUCGACCCGCAAAUUCUGCUCCAGAAAAUGAACUUCGAAAACGCCCAGUCGUUUUUCCGGAGAUUGAUGAAAACGACGUUGUUGCAACUUUAGCUCAAAAUGACAACACGCCGCAAACUAGUGAAAACACGGUUAAUCAAGCUGAAGUUAAUGCUCACAAUAUUGUUAUGAGCAUAGCCGUAGCUGCUGCAAUUUUUUUCUUUUUUAAACUGAUGUGGUAUUUUAGCUCUUAA